AUGUCAGAAGCCGCCGCGCAGUACAAGAAGAAGGAUGGCAAGAUUACCAUAUCAGCAGACAGUCGCACCGUGUCUUGGAAGGCAAACGGUGGAGACCUGGCCGUGGAUGUAGAGAUUGCAGCCAUCACGAAUCUCCAGCAGACACCAGCGACAUCCGCAAAAGCCUCCAUAAAGAUUGUCGUCCAGCAGCCCGACCAGACGGAUAACCAUACCUUCACCUUCACAUCCGCCGCCGCUCGCGACAACCAACAAUCGAUAACUGCAGUCUUGCGCAAAUGUAUAGAAGACGCCAAGGCCAAGGCGGCUGCUCCCAUCGCGGCACCGGCUGCUGCGACGCCUACGCCUGUACCGGACAAUGGCGGUGCUUCAGCUGCUAUGACAAUUGCGCAAACGUUAGUAGGCACGCCCAAAGAGGAGGAUUCAUAUGAUAAUGCGAAGUUAUUGGGGGACAUUGCGUUACAGCGAUCACUCCUGAACUCGAACCCUGCGCUCCGUCAUCGUUUCGACCAGGCCCUUCGCGAUAAACCCGAUACCAUAUCUAUCAUACAGUUCUCUAAUCAGUUUUGGGCCACAAGGGUGCAUUUGUUAAGAUCCCAUGCCGUUGAGAAUACCCAGGGUGCAGGCACAUACAACGUCUUGUCCGUAGUGAAGCCCUAUCUGGACAAGGAGGGCAAAGUAAAGCUAGACGUGAGCAAAGAACAGAUUGUGCUCAUUUUCGCCCAACACCCGCUGGUCAAGAAGGUCUACAAUGAGAAUGUGCCACCAUUGUCGGAAGGCGACUUCUGGUCACGGUUCUUCCACAGCCGGCUCCUAAAGAAGUUACGAGGGGAGCGUAUCAAAGAAAACAUUGAUACUGUAGACCCGAAACUGGACAAAUAUCUCAAUUUCAAUGAGUCCGCCAACGAUGCUCCCCAGCUGCUCGUUCCUUCAGUCCCCCGUUUCCUUGACGUCGAAGGAAAUGAACAAAAUCAUAGCCAACGUCUUGGCAAUCGACCGGAUCUGAGUAUGCGGCCAGCCACAAACGAGAAGGUGCCGAUCCUUCGGGUACUGAAUCGAAUGAGUGAAAAGAUGAUGGCUGAAGUGCCACCUUCCGAUGGUGCUGGUCGUCACGGGCCCGCGGGAAUGGAUGAAGAGACGUACAACCAACUGCAGCUUCGCGAUCUACAGCGCGCAGCCGAUGAUAAUCGCAUUGUACUCAAACUUCAGGAUCAGAGUCGGUUCUUCUCUGCCGGACAAGGUGUGCACACAUCAAGUAGUGCCGCAACAUACGCGAAACGCACCCCCGCUCAAGCUUUAUCUGUCGUGCAACAAGAGAUUCGGAGUAUAGGUGCAAGCCAGGCACAGAACGGUGGCAUAAACCUACAAUUCCUUGCCGGCGUGGAAGACGAGAGCAGCAGUGAUGAUGAGCCGGACGUCAAAAAGAAGCCCAAGGUUGGGAGUAGAUCCUCGCGGGCGGAUGCCACUUCCCAGAUCGUCAAAGCAAUACGGCAACGCCAGCGACACGGAGACGAUUAUCUCUCUUCCCAAGCUGCCGUGUCUAGCGAACAGGCACGCCAACUCGGUAUCUCCGAGUCAGUCCUCGACAACCUAGCCAUGGCGCACAACACCACUGUUGAGUUCCUGCACUACUUCUGGGCAGUGUACUACUCGGGCGACGCGGAGCGCGCCAACGAAGUAGCUAAGCUCAUCGAGACUCUAGACAAGUCACUCGACAGGAUCAAAGCCGUCGCUGACACCGCCGAGGCCGAUCGAGCAGCGCAGAUCCAGCGGAGACAACGGGACAACGACGAAUAUACACAACGCACAGGCCGAAAGCGCAAAUUCGAUCCCAACAGCAUUAAAGGUGGAUCCAAAGCAGUGCACGGACUGGUGGAACCGCUUGUACGGGCUAUCAAUGCCGCAAGACAGCAAUAUCAGACGGUGCUGCAGGAACAGCUAGCCCAGACUCAGAGGCUAAGUGCGUCGUGA